GAGACGCAGAGCUGAGUUCAGAGAGAGUGGGAACAUGAAGAUUGGUCCAUGCGUUCUGAUGCUGCAGAGAACAGAGGUGUUGCUGAGCCCCCUGCCUGCGUGGAUGUGAGUGAAUGGGUUCGCCUCAGCGAGUGUGGUGCUGAACUGGGUCAUGCAGACCACUGGAGGAGCGAAAGAUAAACACGCACCCUCCUCCCGCUGCUUGGCAGGUUGAGAUGGUGGGCGCUCAGAGGAGGGAUACCAGCCUGUGUCUUCAUCUCAGCCUCCAGCAUCAGAUGCUUUGAUUUAAUCCGCCUCCGAUAGAAAAAAAAGUCAAAAACUGAAGAGCAUCUCCAGAAACAGGAAUCUUCUUCUUGGGCGGGGCAGCAGCAGACAAAGCACAGUGACGAAAUCUCAUCUGAGCUGUGAAACUGCAAGGUUGUUGAGGUUUUUGAUGGACCUGCAUGUUUUUAAGCACAUAUAGGCUACCUGAUCAAUAAACGAGGAGAUCCAUCCUUCAGUUUCCUGCAGACCACCGGCGGAUCGGAGCGGAGCAGAGCGCAGCAGCUCUGAUGCAGGACCAUGGAGGAGAGAGACAGGUCGCCAGUAGUCUGCCCCACAGCGUUAAGGCGAGCCUGUCUCUUUCUCCAUCUGGGCCGGGAAGGGUGGGCAGUGGCGGGGGCUCGCCUACAUCCAAGAUGGGCUACUGCGGAGGGGUGCCUGUGGAGGACAUGCAGGCCCUGGCUAUCACCUCUCUGUCGGCAGCAGAUGUAGCCAAACAAUAUGAGCAUAUCCGUGAACUGGGGAAGGGCACGUAUGGAAAGGUGGACCUGGUGGCACAUCGGACACAGGGCAACAAAAUGGCCCUGAAGUUUGUUACCAAGAACAAGACAAAGCUCAAGAGUUUCCUGCGGGAGUACAGUCUAACGGGCUCACUUAGCUGCAGCCCUUUCAUUAUCAAAAUCCUGGACGUGCUGUUCGAGACGGAGGACAGCUAUGUGUUCGGACAAGAAUAUGCCCCCGCAGGGGACCUUUUCGACAUCAUCCCCCCUCAGGUGGGUCUGCCGGAGGAAAUGGUCAAACGCUGCAUGCAACAACUGGGCUUGGCCCUGGACUUCAUGCACAGUAAAAACCUGGUGCAUCGGGAUGUCAAACCUGAGAAUGUGCUCCUAUUUGACCGUGAGUGCCGUCGCAUCAAACUUGCUGACUUCGGUAUGACCCGACGUGUGGGAAGCCGUGUGAAACGGGUAAGUGGCACCAUCCCCUAUACAGCACCAGAGGUGUGCCGUGCUAGCCGUGCUGAGGGUUUCCUUGUAACCACCAGUCUGGAUGUGUGGGCUUUCGGCGUUCUUGUCUUCUGUAUGCUGACAGGCAAUUUCCCCUGGGAGGCAGCGUUGCCGGCCGACGCCUUCUAUGAGGAGUUUCGGCGUUGGCAGAAAGCAGGGUGUCCUGUGGGGACAUACCCGUCACAGUGGCGCCGCUUCACCGAUGAUGCCUUGCGCAUGUUUCAGCGGCUGCUUGCUUCUGAGCCGGAAAAGCGCUGUGGCGUCAAGGACGUCUUCUGCUUUGUCAAGUAUGAGCUGGUCAGCGAGCUCAGGCGCAGAGCAUCUUGCCGAGCCAAGCGAGGAGAGAGGUCGAGCUCUGGAGUGUGCACUGGCAUCUGCACUUCCUCCUCAUCCUCCACUGCAUCACGCUCUUCCCACAGACACCCUGAGCCCUCCACUCCUCCAGGAACAACCUGCCUGCGCCCGGCACCGCUCAAACGCAGUGUCCUGUCCGACCCGCUUUCUCCCAGAGAGGAGUCUGGACAGCACCAGUCCCCCGGCCGAGACAAGAACAAAAGCCAGAUGGUGAUGGCAACUGCCAUCGAAAUCUGUGUGUGACCACACGAAUGUUAGCAGUGGACACUAGCUGGCUUUUCACAGUAAUAACAAGCUGUGAAGAGGUGUUAAUGACUACCACUGAGAUUUCAGUGGAAAAGGAGAUGUAGUUUAACCAUGAAAGAGAAGCUCAGGUUCACAGCCCCGCCUGUGGAAAUGGACAACAUCAGUCAGCGGUACACACUUGGACAGCUUAUCACUGGCACAUGCCGUUUAGGUUUUGAUUUGUGACCAAAGACUGCUUCCCAAGCUGUGAAGCCUUUUAAGACUCCACUGACGUCGCUCCUCUCAGCAGUUCAUUUUGCCGUCAAGACAUUUGUGUUUUUCUGCCCAUACACUGUGGUGGUGCUAAUGAUUCUAUAAUUAGGUACUCCAUAAAAACAAAACUGAUUCUGUCUGUUCUCACUCAUUACUCCAUGCCUCUUUGCUAGUCUUUAUUCAUCUCAAAGUACAAGCUCCGGGGAGGCCAACACUUUAUCUGAUCUGGUGAUGCUGUUCAGUUAGAGGCCGGUGAUCUGAGGGCAAUCUACGCAACUUCAUUCAACUGCCAUUUCUCAGACUUCCUGCCAACUUCCAAUGCAUAAAAUGUGUCUUUUUCAAGAGAAAGUGAUAUAAAGAGAAAACAAAACACCUUUAUGUAGCAGUUUGUAUGAGAUGUUUUUUUUAUGUCGGUGUCUAGACUUAGAGUCAUAUUGUCAGAGAUCGGCAUCACCUCAGGACAUUUCAGUGGGUCACUUUCUGUUUUAUUAUAAAUGGAGCUCCAUUGACUGGCUGAAACACACAUCUGCCACUUUUGAACAGCUCUCAAGGAGAAUCAUUUCCAAUGUAACAAAACAGAAUACAGGGAUUGUGCAUUUGAAAAAGGUGUUCAACAAAGAAGAGGACAAGAAAUGUCUUUUUUUAUUAUUUCUUUUCUACCUGCUGUGUGUAUUUGGAUGUGUAUGUGUGUGUUUCAAAUGCUAAAGCACAAGAUUUUUGUAAAGAAGGAGGACUCUUAGUGAAAAUUAUGACUCUAUAUUGUAAAUAAUUUGAUAUUCCUAGGAGUGCACCGUAAUUUCAGGUAGUUCAACUAUGUAGCGAUACAAAUUUUCUAUGACAUGUAAAUGGUUUUAGGGUUUACAGUUAGUGUCGGGGCAAUGCACUGUAUGUAGCAACAAAAUAUGACAGAAUGUACAGUAUAUCACCACAAAUUAAAUAUAUAGAAAUAUGAUCAAGAGCCUAUCACAAUGUUUAAUAUGGUAGCAGCAGCUGUUCUCUCUUUUCUUUUAUUGUUUUUGGAUUUAUUUGUAUUUAAUUUGAACCAUGUUUUUGGCCCAGAUAUGACUCACAAAUUGGUGAAUAGACACCACUCAUUUCUGCAUUUUCCUGUCAUCAUCAUGCUUCCUGUUUGUCAAUGAGUACAGUACAGUACGUUCUGUCUUCAAUCAAUCAGUUAAAGCCACCGAGGGGCUGCUUUGCAGGUUGACACCUUCGCAAAUGAAUUUACCGACAUCACAAAAGGUGUUCCAAUAUUUGAUUAUCGAGAUGCAACAUUAACACACGGUCCCGACUGCUCAUGUUUUUGCACCAACUCACCUUUAUUUUAAUGCUUGUGAAAUUCAUCCAAAUGCAUCACUCAAAUGGCAGAGAGAGUGAGAGUGUGUGGAGAGAUGACCUCCGUGUCAGCUAUUGAUGUUCUGCGAGAUGAUUGACCCUGUGCACAUCUUCAGCUUCCAAAGAGAUACUGCUAAUUAUGAAAGCAUCUAAAAAGCAGAGUAUGUUCAAUGUGAAUGCUUCAAUGUGUUCUCAUUACCAAUAUUGUCUUGCUUGAAUUGCAUUACUGUUAUGUCUAUGUCUAUGUCUAUAUGUGUGUGUGUGUGUGUGUGUGUGUGUGUGUGUGUGUGUGUGUGUGUGUGUGUGUGUGUGUGUGUGUGUGUGUGUGUGUGUAUAUGUGCUUGUCUUCACUUCACUUAUUUCCCCAUUCCUCUUAUGACAGCCCAUCAGCUCUGUCGCUAUAGCGACGGGUGCUCCUCUGGUUCGCCUUCUGUCCUCCUUUUGAAAAUCAAGUUUAAUUGAGCCCAAAUGAAACAACUGGUCUCCAAGUCACCUACAGCUGGAUGACACAUUUCUGCAGAUAUAAAUUAUCCUGUGUUUUAUGAACAUAGUCUGUAUUGUAUGCUGAGAUGCUGGCUGCCUCAUAGGAUCUGUCAAAAGGUAAUCCAUCAGUCCAUUGUGGUGGAAUGUGAGUUGCCUUACAUCUUGCUAUUCUGUCUGUGUGACAAUGUAAGAUCUACACAAUAGAAAAAGACAGGGAUUAGAUGGACAGUGUGUAAAAGGUAAUACAAAAGUAAAGUAAUGCAAUUCAAUGUAAUGUAACGUUACAAAGGAACUGAACUUUACUUAAAGCAACACAAUGUAACAUAACAUAACAUAAAGCAUCAUAACAUGAUCUAUCAUAACAUGGUGCAACAUAACAUGCUGCAACAUAACAUGCUGCAACAUAACAUAACGUAAAGCAUCAUAACAUGGUGCAACAUAACAUGCUGCAACAUAACAACGUAAAGCAUCAUAACAUGACGCAACAUAACAUGACUCAUCAUAACAUGACUCAUCAUAACAUGACUCACCAUAACAUGGUACAACAUAACAUGCUGCAACAUAACAUAACGUAAAGCAUCAUAACAUGAUGUAUCAUAACAUAGUGCAACAUAACAUGACGCAACAUAACAUGCUGCAACAUAACAUGACGCAUCAUAACAUGACUCAACAUAACAUGACUCAUCAUAACAUGACUCAUCAUAACAUGACUCAUCAUAACAUGACGCAACAUAACAUGGUGCAACAUAACAUGGUGCAACAUAACAUAACGUAAAGCAUCAUAACAUGACGCAACAUAACAUGACUCAACAUAACAUGACUCAUCAUAACAUGACGCAACAUAACAUGGUGCAACAUAACAUGGUGCAACAUAACAUGGCGCAACAUAACAUAACGUAAAGCAUCAUAACAUGACGCAUCAUAACAUGACUCAACAUAACAUGACUCAUCAUAACAUGACUCAACAUAACAUGACACAACAUAACAUGACUCAACAUAACAUGACACAACAUAACAUGCUGCAACAUAACAUGACUCAACAUAACAUGACUCAACAUAACAUGACUCAACAUAACAUGACUCAUCAUAAAAUGAUGCAACAUAACAUGGUGCAACAUAAUAUGACAAAUUAUAAUAUGACGCAUUAUAACAUGAUGCAACAUAACAGGACGCAACCUAACGUGACUCAUCAUAACAUAACGCAUCAUAACAUGACACAACAUAUACUGACGCAACAUAACAUGACGCAUCAUAACAUAACUCAUCAUAACAUGACUCAACAUAACAUGACUCAAUCAUAACAUGACUCAAUCAUAACAUGACUCACCAUAACAUGACUCACCAUUACAUGACUCAAUCAUAACAUGACUCACCAUAACAUGACUCAACAUAACAUGACUCAAUCAUAACAUGACUCAAUCAUAACAUGACUCACCAUAACAUGACUCAAUCAUAACAUGACUCACCAUAACAUGACUCACCAUAACAUGACUCACCAUAACAUGACUCAAUCAUAACAUGACUCACCAUAACAUGACUCAACAUAACAUGACUCAAUCAUAACAUGACUCAAUCAUAACAUGACUCACCAUAACAUGACUCAAUCAUAACAUGACUCACCAUAACAUGACUAAUCAUUACAUGACUCAAUCAUUACAUGACUCAAUCAUUACAUGACUCAAUCAUUACAUGACGCAUUAUUAGACGUAGUCCAUGUCACAGUGUUCUGAUGUGAGCAACUGUGGAUUUGUUGAACAUUAUAGUCAUUAGCAUCAUUACACUACUAUCAGUUGAUGGAUUGUGCAAUAAUGUUUCUCAUGGACUGUUAUGACAGGUUAUUGUCAAGUUUAAUGAUGAGGUGUCAAGUUUUACUGAAGCUCAAAGGAUUUGCUUUCUGUUUUCCCAGUUUAUCCUGAUCCUAUGAUCAAACUGUUUUCUGCCAGCAAGUGUUGUAGAAUCUAAUGUAAACACUGUAUGUACUGUGUCUUUAACAAAACAUGAAAAGAAUAAACAAAAUGUUCAUAUAUGUUGAAAUAAAUUUAUGCACCACA